CUUAGGGAAUUGGUAAAGAAGCAUCAGAUCCAUCGCUGUACUUCUUAUUGUGGUCCUGGAGAUUGCCGUUUUGGCUAUCCUCAAAUGCCAAGUGAAACGGUUCAUUUUGAUGGUGAUAAGUAUAUUUAUCCACGCGAUUUACGUAGCUUAUAUGUGAAUCCGUAUAAUCCAUAUCUUUUGUCAUUGAUGAAAUGCAAUAUGGAUAUUCAACUUAAUCGCGGAUACAAGGCAUUGUCAUAUUUGUGCAAAUAUCUAACGAAAUUUGAUACUGGUAGAACACAUGAAAUUGUAGAUGCAUCAGGCUUUGUCAAUAACACAAUUGGCCAUUUCCGAGCAAGAAAAAUGGGUGUCGUUGAAGCUGUAUACGAUAUUAUGGGAUGGCACAAACAGGAAAGUUCGGUUGAUGUUAUAUUUGUUGAUACAAAUCUUCCUGGGAAUCAAAGACGCGUGAUUAAA